UAUAGAUAGGCCAAAUAAAUAAACAAACGACAGGGGGGAAGGAGGAAAAAGGAAAUUCCCUUCUGUCUUUCCUCUUCCCGAGCAUCUUACGCUGCGCAGUGUUGGCGACACCACCGGGCAGUUUGCGCAUUUUCCGUUGAUUUGAGGAGAGGAGCAUCUGAAGCGGCAUUUCUGAGCCGAAACGGAAAGAAACACGGCAGUCUGACAACCAAGGAGGAAAUUGCGGGUUCUUCUCUUAUUUUGAAAGUGUUUUUUCUAAUGCACUGACGCGGGAGGAAAGACAGCCAAACCUGAUGCACCCUCCAUACGGGAUAUUUGAUCGACCUAUGGAGUGUUGAUUUACAUUCCGUCAUUUUCUAAGAAUAAUUUUUAGAGGAGCUUCGCUUGCACCUGCAUUUCUCAUUGGCCUAUUUUUUCUUUCUUUUUAAUAAAUUGCUGCGGGGUGAUAAAAUAGCUUCCAUUGUCGGUUGAGUAUUACAUAACCGAGUGGUAUUAGCUGUCCAAGGUGCUGAAGUCAACGGUUGGAGCCUAUAACGGGACGAGCCGAGGGGAAUUCACAACCUUGCAAGGUCACAGGCCUAUCAGUCGGGGAAGAGGAAAGCACGGGAUCCGCUCUCUGAACCAUCGGGAAGCAACCGGGUGAUAUUCAUUCAUUUUUUCCAUCGUCCCGUGCUGAAACACAUUCCUGAGGUGGUCGAUUCAACGGAGAGAAAAUGUCGGGGCAAACGCUCACGGAUCGCAUCGCCGCUGCGCAAUACCAGCUAACGGGAUCAGAUAUGGCCCGGGCUGUCUGCAAAGCCACCACUCAUGAAGUGAUGGCGCCCAAGAAAAAGCACCUGGAGUACCUGGUGUCAGCCACCAACACCACCAACGUGAACAUCCCUCAGAUGGCGGACACACUGUUUGAGCGAGCCACCAAUGCCAGCUGGGUGGUCGUCUUCAAGGCCCUCGUCACCAGCCAUCACAUGUGUGUCCACGGCAACGAGAGGUUCAUUCAGUACUUGGCUUCCAGGACUUCCCUGUUCAACCUCAGCAAUUUUAUCGACAAAACCGGCUCUCACGGAUAUGACAUGUCUACAUUCAUCAGACGGUAUGGACGAUACCUGAACGAGAAAGCCUUCGCCUACCGCCAGAUGGCGUUUGAUUUCACCAGAGUCAAGAAGGGUGCUGAGGGCGUAAUGAGGACCAUGACCACUGAGAAGCUGUUGAAAGGCAUGCCUGUGCUGCAGACUCAGAUUGACACACUCCUAGAGUUCGAUGUUCAUCCCAAGGAGCUGAACAAUGGCAUCAUCAAUGCUGCAUUCCUGAUUCUCUUCAAGGACCUGGUCAAACUGUUCGCAUCCUACAAUGACGGAAUCAUCAACCUAUUAGAGAAAUACUUCAAGAUGAAGAAGAGUGACUGUAAGGAGGCCUUGGAGAUCUAUAAGAGGUUUCUGACCAGGGUGACAAAGAUUGGAGAAUUCAUGAAGAUGGCUGAGACAAUUGGAGUUGACAAAAACGACAUUCCUGACAUCAACUACGCUCCCAGCAGUAUCCUGGAGAGUCUGGAAACACACAUGAACGGUUUAGAGGAUGUGAAGGGUGGAAAGAAGGGUGAAGGGUCUCCAACAAAGGGGUCUCCGACAAACAACGUGUCUCCAACAUCGACUCCAGCCAAAUCUUCAAACGCCGUUCCCACACUGCAGCCUCCUCCUGGGGAGAGUGCUGCCGCUGCCGCUGCUGCUGCUGCUGCUGCUGCUGCUGAGCCAGCUGAAGAUUCCUUGUUGGACCUGGAUCCACUGUCCUCCUCGGGUCCAUCAGGAGGAACAUCAGCUGCCCCCACGUCUUGGGGAGAUCUUCUUGGAUCAGAAAUGGGCGAUUCCUUGCUAUCUGAACCCACCCUCACGGCAGAGCCCGCCCCCUCCACUGCAGCAGCAACGCCCACUCCUGCAGCAGCAGAACCCGGAGUCUCUCUAGCUCCUCCCACUAGCACAGCAGCAGCCACCUCCCCUGGCGCCGCCAAUAUGGAUCUUUUGGGAGAUGCCUUUGCAACACCUGUUCCUGCCCCUGAGGCCCCUGCAGCAGCUGCUGAAGGUGGGGCCGCCGCUGCCACGUCUGCCCCUGCCGCCAACGCUGGAGCUGAAUCCACAGGAGGAGAUGCCACGGCCGCUGUUGCUCCUGCCGCCCCCGGUGCUGAGCUCAUGUCAGUAUUUGAUGGACUAGGAGAUGUAAUGAAGCCCACUUUGACCCCCCAGGGGGGGGAUGUUGACACCUCCAUGGCCAACAUGGCAAGUAAUCUCACAAUGGGAACCCCAGCGGCACCUCAGGUAGCUCCCCCCUGUUGGGGUGCUCCCAUGACCGUACCCAUGGGUGUUCCUCCUUUUAUGGGGACUCACCCCAGCUUCAGCAUGUCUGGAGCACCAGGAGCUCCCAUGAUGCCCAUGGUGAGGCCGGGCUUCCCUGCCACCGGAGCAACCCCCGGAGCACCGAUGUCUCCCGGAGCGGCCCAGAGCCCCAGGAAGCCUCCACCACCGAGGAAUGCUCUGGAUGACCUCAACAUUAAGGACUUUAUGUAGACUGACCUGUAAACCCCCAAAGGUUUGUCAUUGUGUCUGAAGCUCUGUGGAUGUCUGCACUUCCCCCACUGCCUUCCCCUCAGUCAUGCCCCAGCCCCUUCUGCCAACCAGCCAUUACAUCUACGAUCUUUGCCCUCUGACCUCCUACCAGCGGCGACCCCUAAAAAACCCCCUGCCAUCCUUAUCUAAUGUUGUAGCACAACUGUGAAUGUGAACCCUAGAUACAGAAAAACAAAACUCUGUUUAUGUGUGUGUGGGUGUGUGUGUAAUUCAGUGUUAACCUUUACUUAAUAUACUAUGGAAAAAUGAACAAAAAAAGUAAUAAAUGUGUAUUUAGAUUCAUUCUGGAUUUCCACGUAUCAGCUGACUUGGAAUGGUGGAUAAAUGUUGGUUUCUUUGCGCAUCUCCCAGACGAGGACUCUAUUGUUAAACGUGGACUGUGUUCGGUGUGUGUAACUUCACUGGCCAACCCCCACUCUUCUACCCCUGUUGUCUAAAUUAAUACCGGGCUAUGUUUAUGUCAUUAAAAACUUGGUUGUACCUAUAUCUGCUCGGUCGUCCACCCACCUGUCUACUUUCACGUUUUUGGAGAACAAUUGUACCUGAAAACAACUUGCACUUCAAAUCUGGACUUAUCAUUGAACACAUCAAAUUGUGUUCAGUUUUUUUUUUUCUUUACGGAUUGUAUGAAACAUGCAAAAAUUUGUGAACUGUGUUCAAAUUGACAUAUGCAUUUUAGACUAUUUUAAAUGAUAGAUUAUACAUAUUUUCUUUAAUCUUUAUUUUGAGAGAAAAAUGAGUAUCAUAUAUUUUUAGUUACUUUCAAUUUUAUGGUUGGAAAUAAGGCAAGUAGAUAAAAAAAAUUCCCCGUCUUCUCUGUACAUACCGCUCAAUCUGUAAUCAGAGGCAGUGUAAUGGAAACUUUGGCCGGAGUGUUUACUGUUGCGCCCUCAGCUGGUGUGGAGUGAUACAGCAUCGUAGCAUGCGACACAAGUCAAUCUGGGAUACAUUCUAAUACUCUCAGAGAGCUCGUUUCCUUGUCUCGGUCUCCACACAACUUAAUGUUAGGGUGGAAAUCAAAGAGACAAGGAAGCAUUUGUGUAUGUGAUUGGGACGUGGCCUCAGUCCUCUUUGAGUGACGCAUCAGUGGUCGGUACAUUCGUUCAUGUACUGCCACUGGAAGUCUUGAGGACUCUCACUGUAAAGCACUCAAGUAUACGCUGGAUGUUCUGUGUGUUGUUUAUUUCCAAAAGUGACUGUAUCUUAAUCCAUUGUGGCAUUAACAAAGUGUUGAAAGAAAAAUAAAGAUGACAAUGACACAUAAAAAAAAAGAAAAAAAGAAUGUGGAUAAAUAAUGUUUGCUAAGUAUUCAAAUGAAGGCUGUGUUGUUUUUUGGGGGGGUUGUUAUGGAUGGCAUCGUUCUUUGUCCCUCACCCCCACCUGCAUGUGAGUCCAAAUGAGAUGCAAUAAAAGACAAAUACACUGAUCCAAACUA